AUGGACCACAACUUCCUCAAACUCAACGCUGUUUAUCAUUUGACCUUCAAUCUGACCUUUGUCCUUUUGUAUCUAGUUGCAAAAUCGACCCUGCAGUGCAGCGCCAUCCUCCCGACCAUUUACGGCAUCAUCUGCUUCCUUGGCAUCCUGGGGAACUGCAUGGUGAUCUACACCAUCCUGAAGAAGACCAAAUGCCGCGCCAAGCAGACCGUCCCCGACAUCUUCAUCUUCAACCUGUCCAUUGUGGACCUGCUCUUCCUCCUGGGCAUGCCCUUCCUGAUCCACCAGCUGCUGGGCAACGGUGCCUGGCACUUCGGGGCCACCAUGUGCACCGUCAUCACGGUGCUAGACUCAAACAGUCAGAUCGUCAGCACAUACAUCCUGACCACCAUGACCCUGGACCGCUAUCUCGCCACUGUGCAUCCCAUCCGCUUCAACCACGUCCGCACGCCGUGCGCGGCCUCCCUGGCCAUCGGGCUGGUGUGGGCGCUGUCCCUGGUCACCAUCAUCCCCGUGUGGAUGUACGUGGGCCUGAUGCCGCUUCCCGGCGGGCUGGCGGGCUGCGCCCUGUUGCUGCCCAACCCCGCCACCGCCACCUACUGGUUCACGCUCUAUCAGUUCUUCUUGGCCUUUGCGCUGCCGUUGGCUAUCAUCUGCCUGGUGUUCUUCAAGAUCCUGCACCACAUGGCCACCAGCGUGGCUCCCCUGCCCCCCCGGAGCCUCAGGGUGAGAACCCGGAAGGUGACCCGCAUGGCUGUGGCCAUCUGCCUGGCGUUCUUCACCUGCUGGGCUCCGUACUACAUCCUGCAGCUGGUGCACCUGGGGGUGCAGAAACCCAGUGCUGCCUUCGCCUACGCCUAUAACAUCGCUAUCAGCAUGGGCUACGCCAACAGCUGCAUCAACCCCUUCCUGUACCUCACCCUCAGCGAGACCUUCAAGAGGCAGUUCCUGAGGGCCCAGAAGCCGCUGAACAGGGAGUUUAGGGUGGUUAACCUGAGCACCACAAACGGGGGCAACGUCAGCCUGAGACUGGUGCCCGGGGGGGCCCAGCCCCCGGCCAGCCAACCCCACAACGAGGCCAACGGAGACGGACUGUGAUGAACACCAAGAGCUGUGCGUUGUGUCUGAGUGAUCAGGCCCUCCUGGAUCCAAUGUAAGGCAACAGGUAGCUAAAAAUAAGAAGAAACAUACAAGAUGGUACCAUUUUAUAAGCUAUAUUUGCAUGCAUUUAUUCAAAGCACGCAUUCACAUUCACAUGCUUAAAAACUGUUAUUGGCUGCAUUUAGGCCUAAUAUUGUAGCUUAGAGCAGAAAAUACAUUGUGUUUAUUUGCAAUGGCAAUUUUUUUUUGUGUUGAUGCAUCAUAUCAAGCAAACCUUAAAGCUGCAGUAAGUAAGUUCUAAUGUUUUACAGCUAAGCCCCCUCCUUCUAACAAAUCAGAGAAACCUAAAGAGAAAGAGCAUAACCCCUUGCUUUCAAAAAAACUCUCACUAGCAGUAUUAGUUGGAUGGAAGUAACUUCUUUGUGUGAUAACCGUGGUGGAGAAAAAGGGAGUCUCACUGGGAAAUGUUAGUAUAGAAUAUCUCUGUAGUGCUGCUAGACUGGUCAAUAAAACUCACUCACAGUGAGUCCAAAUCGUUAAGAUGUGUUUGGGAGCAAAAUCCUAACAAAAACAGAACCUACAGCCAUUACCGUGGGAAGUGCAGGAAAGCACGAAUGUGUCAUACCACUCACGAUCAAAAAAACGAAAACGCUCUCCGUCCCUGUCUAUUAUGCCUACUGUAUAUAUGCCGUGUUUUUUGAAAAUGUAGGUAAUGUGCAAGCCUGUGCAUUUAGGAUGUUUUAUAGCAUUUGAUGUAUCUGUGUGAUAUGUGGAUCAGUUUAAUGUAGCCUAUGCACUUUGAGUUGUGAAUGAUGUUUUUGGUAAAUGUGUUUAAAAUGCUGUGCGGUAGUGUUCUGACCCGAGGGUAACAUCCUGUAGCCUGUUUUGACACCCAUGUCAGAAGCGUCAAUAAUUAUGUUUUAUUUUAUUUAUUUUGGUGUCCAAAAGUUUUAUAUUUUAUGUGUUUAUUUUUACUAUGAAGAAGAAAAACCAAGACAAUCUAUUUUGAUCCAAGGCUACAGCUAAGUUUUACAUUUUGCUAUCUUGCUAGCAGUUUGUUUGCUUUGUAUCAAUCUGUGUGCAGUUGCAACAUUUUGUGUCUAUGACUAUUAGUGUAGCCAUCAUCUCUUGGCGGUGAUAGUGUAUGCCUGUGCUGGGUGCUAUGCAAUGCCAGUAUGCUGUCCUGUAACAGAGAAAGCAGUUUCAAUAAAAUAAGAUCCAUUUUGUACCAUUUCAAUAAAGCCUGUUUUUAUGGGUUCUUGGCGAGUUACAUGCCCCCACUACAUUUCCCCAUACCAAAACUGACCUCCCACGGUCCCACCUACGGCAGCUUUAAUAUGCAGGAAAUAAGUAUGUGCUCCUAUUGAAAAGUGUUGCUUCUUUCUUUGCACUUCAUUUGAACAAG